AGAAGAAGAAAACAAAGUAACCAUAAUAUUUGUUUUGAUAGAAUUAAAAUUAAAGUCUUACUUUAUAAGCAGAUUAAAAGAAUAAAGAACAAUGGGAUUCUUAACAGUUUUGAAAAAAAUGAAACAAAAAGAGAAAGAAAUGAGAAUUUUAAUACUGGGUUUAGACAAUGCAGGAAAGACUACGAUUCUUAAAAGAUUUAAUGGUGAACCCAUUGACACAAUUUCACCAACAUUAGGGUUUAAUAUCAAAACUUUGGAACAUAGAAGCUUUAAACUAAAUAUGUGGGAUGUCGGGGGCCAAAAAUCAUUAAGAUCUUAUUGGAGGAACUAUUUCGAAUGCACAGAUGGUCUGAUAUGGGUUGUUGACAGUGCAGACAAACGACGAUUAGAGGACUGCAGGAAAGAACUGCAUGUACUACUUCAAGAGGAGAGAUUAGCUGGUGCAACCUUACUUGUUUUUGCAAACAAACAGGACUUGCCUGGGGCCUGCAGUAUGGAUGAACUUAAAGAGAUUCUUGAAUUGGAAAAAAUUAAAACUCAUCAUUGGAAGAUUGUUUCUUGUAGUGCAGUUACUAGUGAAAACUUGUUAGCAGGUAUUGAUUGGCUCAUUAAUGAUAUCGCGGCUAGAAUUUUUACUUUGGAUUAAAAUAUUUUCAAUUUUUUUUUCAUGCAUCUUAAAAAUUAUUGACUCUGUGAUUUGAAAAUGUUUCCAUAUUUAUUUUUAAUAAAGUCUUAAA